UGUGAAAUGGAAGGUAUUUUUAGUCUACCGUGUAAACGUGAUUUUGGUCGGUCGGUGUUCAAUCGGCCUUGAUAACGGGAAGGUGUGAAUUGAGGAUGCCCUGGAUAAUAACAAGAAGGGAUUAAAGUAAUGAUGGGAUAAGCUGUUUUUCGAAUAAACGAGAGGAUAAGAUAGAAAUUUUACUACUGUCGAUCUCUUAACUUAGAAUUAGUGUUAGUGUCCGCAACUUUUCAAAUUUCGCCCACAAAAAUAAAUAAUUUAACAUUGGCAUUUUGUUUAUUUCAAAGAAAUGAAGUCAGAAUUUUUGCUAAAAGUUACUAGACGUCCUCUUACCUAAAUAAUUUAUUUCAAUUUUACAGAUUAUUUUACAUAUUAAUAAUUAAAAAUAUGGUUGAGUCUGUUAUUUUGUCUAAGAAGCCUAAAAAGAACAAAAGAAAAUUAGAAGAAGAUGAAGAAGAGGAGGAUCUUUCUUUAAAUGUCAAAACAAGCAAAAAACAAUCGUUACCAGAUUCUUUAUUAUCAACAUUGUCUGAGGAUGGUGGACAAAUACGUGAUUUAAAUAUUUUAAAAGAAAGAUUGCAAGAUGUUAUUCAAAUUCUUGGAGAUUUUAAAAAUAGAGCUGAACCUGGACGUAAAAGAAAAGAUUAUUUACAAGUAUUUUUAAAAGAUUUGUGUGCUUAUUAUAAUUAUAAUGAAUUUUUAAUGGAAAAAUUUAUGAAUCUUUUUCCAAAUGGAACUGAGUUAAUUGAAUUUCUUGAUGCAAAUGAACAUCAGAGACCUGUUACUAUUCGAACUAAUCCAUUGAAGACUAGAAGAGGAGAACUUGCAAAAUCAUUGAUUGCUCGUGGAAUGAAUGUAGAUCCAGCAGCUAAAUGGACAAAAGUUGGAUUAAUUGUUUAUGAUUCUCAAGUUCCCGUUGGUGCAACGCCUGAAUAUUUGGCUGGACAUUACAUUCUUCAAGGACUUUCUUCAUUUUUACCAGUUAUGGCACUCGCACCACAACCAAAUGAAAGAAUUUUGGAUAUGUGUGCAGCCCCAGGUGGUAAAACUACACAUAUUGCCUCUUUAAUGAAGAAUACCGGCGUUUUAUUUGCCAAUGAUUCUAAUCCAUCAAGAAUUCACGGGAUAAUUGGAAAUAUUCAUCGAAUGGGCGUAAAUAAUUGUGUUGUAAGCAAUCUUGAUGGUACAGAAUUUGCUAAAAUCCAAACACAUUCUUUUGAUCGAGUAUUAUUGGAUGCUCCAUGUUCAGGUACAGGUGUUAUAUGGAAGGAUGAACGUGACUACGAGAAUAUAAAAGAACGUUUUACUCUUCAAAAACGUUUACUUUUGGCAGCAAUAGAUUCAGUUAAUGCACAUUCUGGUAAAAAUGGAGGUUAUAUUGUUUAUUCAACGUGUUCAGUUUUGGUUGAGGAAAAUGAAGCAGUUAUUCAAUAUGCUUUGAGUAAAAGAUAUGUUAAAAUAGUUCAGAUGGGGUUGGAUGUUGGGGUGCCCGGAUUUACAAAAUUUCGAGAAUAUCGUUUUGAUCCAUCAAUGCAAAAUACUCGUCGUUAUUACCCACAUGUGCACAAUAUUGACGGGUUUUUUGUUGCAAAACUUCGCAAAGUUUCAAAUGAAAUAAAGAAGAAAAAAGAGAAAAAUCAAAAAGACGAUGAAGAAACUAAUAAAUCAAAAAAUAAGAAAAAUAAAGGAGGAAGGAGAGAGGAAAUUGAACAAGAAGAUAUGGAACAAGAUGAGGAUGAGGGGGAAGACGAAGAUGAGAACCAAUCUGAUUGA